CAUAGAGUUCGGAUCUGGGCCAAUGUCAUCGUUAUUAUGGCAGCAGCUCUCCUCGAAGAGAGCAACGCGCCUCCUUGUCCUUCACCCUGUAGACCCGAAAGAUCCAGGCCACAUCUCUGCUUCGCUCGUCGAGGCCAUAUCCUGGACGUGGGGAUUGGAGACGACGCAGGAGCCGAUCCAAGUCGAUGGUGAUGAAGUUUUUAUUCGUCAGCAUCUACGACAUUUCCUCCUGAAGUUGAGGAGAUUUGGGUAUGAGAGAACACUAUGGAUCGAUGCGCUUUGCAUCAAUCAACAUGAUCUGGUUGAGAAGAGUCGCCAGGUAGCCAUGAUGGGUGAGAUAUGCCAAAGGUGCGACGAAAGUACUGGGUUGGGUUGGGCCUGAGGCGAAUUGGAGCACGGAGGCACUGAGGUGGUUUAAAGAGGCGAUGCGGAAUCAGUACGGUAGGGCACCACUCAUGGACAUCAUUGGGACCGUCGCCCAAGCUCACCGAGACGAGAUCGUAUGCGCAUGGGAGGCCUUUCUAAGUAGGCCGUGGUUCAAGCGUACGUGGAUCGUGCAGGAGGUUGUGUUAGCAACGUGCCUCGAGAUACACUGUGGCAGCGAGAUGAUCUUGUGGGAAGAGCUGCCUGACAGUAAAGAAAAGAUGGUUACCGCUACGUCUGGCACUUUUCCAGAACAAUUCACCCAGCUUGAUGCGCGAAGACGAUCGUAUCAGAACUGUGAACGCAACGUGAGCCCUCGGGUGGACGAUCUUCACAUCGCUAAGCAGAUCCGGGACAUUGUGAUUGAGUUCCAUAUGUUCAAGUGCAGUGAUCCACGCGACCACGUCUAUGCCCUUCUCUCGCUUGUGGCAGACAUUCCCGGCACAGUUAAGCUGAAGCCUGAUUAUGCCUUAACGCCUGGACAAACGCUCGUCUCGGUAUUCAGGCAGACGCUGCCGGGUCUGAAACUGCGUUCGGCCAGGCCCACGAAGGUAUCUUACAUGCUUGACCUGCCAACUAGGGCCAUGGCCUUAGGCGGAUUGCUGAGGUUGGGCGGUCGUUUGCGUGAAGGUGUUGCGGACCUUUUGGAGCACGGUGUUCGCGCAGGAGACGACGAAGAGCUGUGGCGCGGCACGGCUCAAGAGAUCCGAGACCUCACUAGACUACCUUGACCUGCAAACGUGCCUCAACGCCGCUACGCUGUUCUAGAGCACGCUUUGAUAUA